AUGGCCACAGGACUGAACUACUGGAGCGCGCAUGAACCCACUUAUAAGGUGAGAGAGAGCGUUUGGGGCGGAGCAGAGUUUGACUCCAGCAGUGAAGAAGGAGGGGGCGGGGUCACAUGGGUCGCAUCCACCAUGGAGGUCAGAGCUCAGCUUAUCAUCUCCACAGACUCGGGCCCGGACAGGAAACAGAAAGCUCAACGAUUGGCUGAGCUGCAGGAGAGGAGGCGGGGCAUCCAGACAGUUCUCAGCACACGAUUGGCUGAGCUCAGGCGUGUCUGUCUCCAAGAAGCAGAGCUGACGGGUUUACUUCCGGUCGACUUCCCGUUGGAGGAGGGAGAGAAACCGCCUUCAGUCCGACCAAGAGGAGGCUUCAGACUCAACAGAAAGAGCAGGACAGAACUGGAGGAGAAGAAAAAGAAGACUUUGUUUAGUUCAGUCCGAAAACACAGUGAACUUGAACAUAUUUCUCACGUACCGAGCCAGAGAUCGAAGAGGACGGUUCACAGAGGCUGCCACACAGAUGAGUCUGUGAGGUCAGAGAGCAGCUCCACUUCAGACUCAAUGGGACACGAAAAUGAUGAGAGCGUGUCGCAGUGUCGCCCUCUGAUGGUCGUCGCUACUUCUUCUCCUGUUGAAGUUUUCUCCCAAAUAAAAACCAGAAACAACUCAGUCCACAGCAGGUCAGACUCUCAGGAUGUGCUCCAGAAACACUCCCCUCCUCAGCCCCCUCCUCCACCACCUCGAUCCCUGGAUGGCUCCACCUCCUCUGGGCAGACGGAGCCUGAGCUGCAGGGCAGGGCUGGAGGAGGCUCUGCAGGUAACGGAGGCCGAGCUAAUGGUGCUAACAGAGCUGUGGCAAAUGGACCAGUAGGGGGCGCUAACUCAUCCCGGCGGAGUAACAGCUCAGAUGGACUGCUGGACAGAGGAACGUCCACAGAUGCAGGUGGACAGUGCCUCAAUGGUUUGUCGUCUUCAAAGGGAGGAGCCGUGAGGAGUUCAGAGCCCGACACUCGGACUUUCAGGACCACAAAUGGAUCAGAACCCAGCCCCAGGAUUGACCCUGGACUCAGAACUGACCAGGUCCGAGGCAGAGCUCCCUAUAGCGACCUGCUCCUGGAUUACGUCUGGACCAAGCAGCAGCAGAUGCUCCAGAGGCAGCAGUCACAAGGGAGCCGCCAGCCAAUCACAGCUCUGUAUCCAAACCAACAAUCAACACUUGCCCCGCCCACUUACCGCGGCCUGCUCAGUGAACGUCAGAGAAUAAAAGUCACCCGGACUAAAUCGUGUGGGCCCUUCCUCCCUGUGCAUCCUCCUGGAGCAGAAAACCAUGACUCCCAGCAUGGACCUCUGCAGCCAGACCCCCAUCCACACCUGCAGCCCCCCCGACCUUCCCAGGACCAGCACAACGAAGAGGCAACAAGAAGUCUGCACAAGGCGCUCGCCCUCGAAGGUCUGCGGGACUGGUACUUGAGGAACACUUUGGGUGGAUCCUCCCACCCAAAUCCAACCAAUGGGAAUGCUGCUCCAAAGACUAAUAGCAUCAAAGGAAGGAGACGGACCCCUCACGGUGUCAUCCACCGUUCAAACUACCAGGACCAUACCAACUCCCACAAUGCAACCCUGCACCAUUCUAUUUACCAGGACCAUUCAGACUAUCUGGAAACAAACCCACAUAACACGCCUCUGUCCAACUAUAAUGACAUUAAUCACAACGGAACAGUUAAAAAGCCUGGACUGCCACAUUCAGCCACUUUCCAUGGACUCUCACUACAUGGCAGAUCAGUGGAUGCUCCGCUCUACAGUGAUGCAUUACCCAUUCACAAACAGGAUGUCCCCAUCAGACAGGCAUCAUGUGACCAGCCAACUCCAGGAACUCUGGUCUGA